CAUAUAGCCGCCCAGUUCGUAAGCGGUUAGGGGCUUUCUGCUUUGGGAAAGUUCGUCUUGCAUCAGUGUUCUCGGGGUUUUGACAGCGUAUAGUGUGUUUGGAACGCUAAGUGUUAUUCUUCAUUUCUUUAUUCCUCCCUCUAAGUAAAACAAAAACACAGACACCAUGGAUGCCAUCAAGAAGAAGAUGCAAGCGAUGAAGCUUGAGAAGGAUAACGCCAUUGAUAAGGCCGAUACCUGUGAAGCUCAAGCCAAGGAUGCCAAUGCCCGCGCAGACAAAUUGCAAGAGGAGUUGCGCGAUUUGGAGAAAAAAAUGGUUCAAGUUGAAGUUGACUUGGUCACCUCUAAGGAACAGUUGGACAAGGCCAACCGUGAAUUGGAAGAGAAGGAGAAACAAUUAACCACCACCGAAUCCGAGGUCGCCACUUUGAAUCGUAAGGUACAACAGAUUGAAGAAGAUUUGGAGAAAUCCGAAGAGCGCUCCACCAGUGCCCAACAGAAAUUGCUGGAAGCCACACAAGCCGCUGAUGAGAACAACCGUAUGUGCAAAGUAUUGGAGAACCGCUCGCAGCAGGAUGAGGAGCGUAUGGAUCAAUUGACUAACCAAUUGAAGGAAGCCCGUAUGUUGGCUGAAGAUGCUGACACCAAGUCCGAUGAAGUAUCACGUAAGCUGGCCUUCGUUGAAGACGAGUUGGAAGUGGCUGAAGAUCGUGUCAGGUCCGGUGAAGCCAAGAUCAUGGAACUUGAGGAAGAAUUGAAGGUCGUCGGUAACUCGUUGAAAUCCUUGGAAGUGUCUGAGGAGAAGGCCAACCAGCGUGUUGAGGAGUUCAAACGCGAAAUGAAGACUCUGUCCGUCAAAUUGAAGGAAGCCGAACAGCGCGCUGAACAUGCCGAGAAGCAAGUGAAGCGCCUGCAAAAGGAAGUCGACAGGCUAGAAGACGAAUUGGGUGUCAACAAGGAUAGAUUCAAGUCGCUCGCCGACGAAAUGGACUCCACAUUCGCCGAGUUGGCUGGUUAUUAAAGAGUUCAAAGCGUGAAGACGACAAUGCUUUUCUAAAUCAAAAGUUCGCUUGUAAAGUUUUCGCCUUGGAACCGAUCCAAUCGCAAUAACAACAACAGCAACCUAUUGUAACAAUCUGUAAAUUAAAAAUAAUUGUAUAAAUGUUAAAAACAUCAACAACAUAUUGAAGAUGAAAACAAAAAUCAUAAAAAAGAUAUUAACGACAACAACAGCAACAACAACACCUAUAAUUGCUUUUUAAUUUUUCUAGUAAAAAAAUUCAUCAAUGCAAUGGAAAGUCGAUAGAACUUACGCGCUUUGAAUGAAUAUUUUAUUAAAUAAAUUUAAAAAAACA